CAGCGAGGUUUGAAUAGGGGAAGUUGACAGAGCGCAGUGCGUUACCUCGAGUUCAGUGUUUGCAAAUAAAGUGAUCUCAACAGCUGAAAGACGCGGACUAGCGGACUUUGAGCGAGCAAAGCGACGGCUGCACUGCUUUGCUGUUGCAUGUGAGGACGCUUUCUUGUCACACUUGAUUUUGAUCCCAGAAGAUAUUUUAGUCGUUUUAUUGCCUAACAUUUGGGAUUGCAAUGGAUGUUCUACCAAUGUGCAGCAUUUUUCAGGAACUUCAGAUCGUUCAUGACACUGGCUAUUUCUCUGCAUUGCCAUCGCUUGAAGAAUACUGGCAACAGACAUGUUUGGAGCUGGAGAGAUACUUGCAGAGUGAGCCGUACGUCUCUGCGUCUGACCUCAAAUUUGAGGCCCAGGAGGAUCUCUGGAGCAAGCUCAUCUUGGCUUGUGGAGAUAAGGGAGAUGGGAACGGCAACCUUCCGAACAUCAAGGAGGACGACAAUCAGGACUGUCAAAUAUUAGAAACCAACUCGGAUGCCUGCAGUGAGGCGUCCGACAGCUCGGAGGAGCUCUCGCCCACUCACAUCUUCACCUCCAACCCUCUGGGCUCAGUUCUGACCGAGUCAGCACAUCACUUGAGUUCCUCCAUCAUCAGCACGCCUCCGUCCUCCCCAGAGACCCUCCAGGAGCCCGGCAUCCCGCAGGUGUGGGGCUCCAAACAGACGGACUUGCACAUGCCGGCGAAGAUCCGGCCGAACGGGCUGGGGAAGGCCUCGGAUAAGACUUCCGCAGGAGGGGAUUCCUCUCCGGAUGGCAGGAGGAGAGUACACAGGUGUCAUUUCAAUGGCUGCCGAAAGGUUUACACAAAGAGUUCUCAUUUAAAAGCACAUCAGCGGACUCACACAGGUGAGAAGCCGUACAGGUGUUCAUGGGAAGGUUGCGAGUGGCGCUUUGCGAGAAGCGACGAGCUCACCCGACACUUCAGAAAGCACACCGGUGCAAAGCCAUUUAAAUGCAGUCACUGUGACAGGUGUUUCUCCAGGUCAGACCACCUGGCCCUGCACAUGAAGAGGCACCUUUGAGGGGGCCGUAGCUUCACGCUGGGGAUCUGUUGUGUCCUGACCAGCUUCCUGGUUGACCUGGCCCUGCAAGACGUUGGGGGGGGAGUGUGUUCCAGCCAAAGCAUGCCAUUUUGCACCAUAUCCUGUGUCUCCGUGAGCCCCGGGAAAAAGGCGGACUGACUGGUUGUUGAAACUGAAAAGGAAGGGACAAAAUCAUGAAUGAAGAAUCAAAGAUGAUUUCUAAAAAAAAAAAAAAAACAUAAAAAAAAAAAAAAUACGAAAAAGUUUAAAAAAAAAAAAAAAAAAAAAAAAGAGCGAAUGAAUGGUGUUUUGUAUGGUGCAUGAUUUGGGACAACUCCCGGACUGUACACUGGUACUUUUAAAACAAAAUCCUGUUUGACAUGAGCAGAUGAAUGGCCUGUAUGCAAGGAAGGGGUGGGAGGGGGGUACCAGUGUAUCGCUGUUGGGCUGAAUGGUGUCGGGGAACAAGUUCCGUUUUUGUUUCCACGCGGUGUGUCGAGAUCAGCUGAGUCUGAGUGAAGCCGCGAGACUGAGAAUUCCUGCCAGAUGCGCUUGGGCUCUGUUUCACAAGAUUGCAGGGGGCGUCGCAGGCAUGUUUUCGCCCCCUGCCCCAUCUGAGGAGGGAGGGCUGGGGCAGUACCUCAGUCCUGAAUGAAAGUGGCUUUUUUUUUAUUUUUUAUGUUUCGGUGCAGCUACUAAAUGUGCAAUGUGUUGAGUAGCUUGUCCUUCGACAGGCUGCAAAAAGCUCAUUUGUAGUCCGUUGUAUAAGCUGUGUGCUUAGAGAUGUAACACAAUUAUAACUUCACUAUCAUAAACAGGUGUUGCAUGGUAUUGGGGUUUGUACUUUUUUGUAAUUGGACUGCAAAUAGAUUCCAAUAAAGCGCAGCUAAAUUCAACUGGUUAAAUGUUACAAUAUUGUACAUAAAUGCAUUGAUCAUUCUUCACUGCUUUUCACUCUGGUGAUGGGGGUCUUGAGCCUUUCGAUCAGCGAUCAUUUCAUACAAGACUUGUUUUCAUUACUCCUUUCAUCUUGACGACUUAAUUCUCUCUUUCUAUCUCCAUUUUACCUGUUGUUAAUGCACUGUUUGCCUUAAUGGUGCCUUAUGCAAGUGACCUUGUCCUGUGGAAUAGAUUUGCUCCUUGGGAGGUGGGGUCACAAAAUGUCUUGUAUAAGUGAUUGAAAAAGCUUUAUUAAGGCUCUGUUUCACCUGAAAAUGCACCUUUCCCAUUUCAGAGGCCACUGCAACUAAGCCCUUGUAAAUACUCGAUGUUCUCAAUCAUGCAAUUUCUUUCCUUGUCACUGUUUAGAUACGUUUACCCUCAGAUUUCUAUAUGUUGUGAAAUUGUAAAUUGUGCAAUGUAGAGCACUUAAAGUUACCUACUUGGUAUCUACUAAAUGACUUUUUAAAUGUAUCGCUUUAGAUGUGCGAAUUCUAUCUACGGGGGUGUAUGCAAAACAAAAUGCUCUGAAAAUGGGAGAACAGGCUCUGUUGUGUAACACAAGGCUUGAAUGCUUGUGGAAUGCCAAACCCCCCUGUCCCCUGAAACCAAGAAUAAAGCAAAAAUGCCUAAAGAUUUAUUGUAAUUAACAAGCUCCAGUCAGACAGGCCUUGCCUUGUACUGCCUGGCUGUAAUGAAUUGCUGAAGGCUCUGCCUGCUACAGACUGCUGACUCGGGCAGUUCGAUACUGUCUGGAUGCUGUUGUUUUUAGUCCAGCAACAGUAUUGUAGAAACAGUGCACAGCCAUCCAGAAAGCUAAAGACAUAUGCUCCCCCCCCCCCCCAUUUAGACACACGUGGAGUCGAAAGUCCACUCAUGCAUGUCCCAUCUGAGAGUUGAAAUGUAAACUGUAAUGCUCUUUUAUCAGGGACCAAAUUAAUUUUGAACUUUAUUGUGUAUAUAGUUCGUAAUAAGCCAAAAUUAUUUGGGUAUACUGUUUUUUUUUAAAAAAUUUUUUAAAUUUUUUUUUAAUAUAAAUAAGCGCCAUGCUCUGAUUUGUUGAGUAAUGGAGGUUUGACAAUGUUGCAAGUAGAGCAGCUACGUAGAUACAGAUUUUUUUCAGCAGAUGAAGUAACUUGAAGCAGCUUGCUGCCAUAAAAUCAGAUCAACCAGGGUUUUGUGGGCAAAGAACAUUCUGUCUUUCCAACAGUGGCUGAAAUUAUUCAAGUGGUAAUGGAGCCUUAAUCAAGUUUUCCAUUUGCUUGCUUCAACCAACAAUUUCUAUCACUUAUCUUUUCUCUCAUGAAUCCCUCUUGUCUAAAAAAUAUUUGUACAAAAGAAUAAAAAGAGUAAAGAUAGAAAAACAAAACUUUUCUAAGAUUUUUAUUUGUGUUUGCUUUAUAUGAAUUUUAUUUGAAAUUGUUUUGCAAAAUUGUUAUAUUUCUGUAUGAAUGUAUUUUUUAUUGGAAUAAUAAGAAAUUCUUAUCAGACAAGUUUGAUUUGUUGUUUUGCUUCACUUUAUUUAUUUACAGCACUAACGAUCGUGAAAUGAGAUUUACAUUAUUAGUGGUGCUUGGUUAGGGAUUUGAACAAACCCUUAAACUGAAGUAUUGAAUUUUGGUUCAUCCAUCACUGCUUGGAUGGAUGCUUCAGCCAUUAUGAGACCAGAAACAUACUUAAUGCCAGUUUGUGUACAUAAAUGCAAUCGCUUGGCUCUUAAGCACUCAAGGGGGUGGUAGAGUUACACUCAAAAGUCCAACGUGCAAUGUCCAUAGUUAUGUUGCAGUAAAUAUAUUGACUUACUUGCUCGGAAAAAUAAUACCUUCAAACUGUUGCUCCGCCAUGACAGUAAUUGGCUUGAAAGAGAAAACUCACUGUAGAAGCGGACCAUUCAUACUAAUGUCCACUAUAGCACCCCUUGUGGCAAUGUUGAAAAUGCAAUGUGUACUUAUUUAAUGAGUCGCGGUCUGGUGCAUUUUGGAAUGCAACAACCCACGAAAGCGAAAAAUGCGUAGAGUAUAUGACUCUACAUGAUACCUCAAAUUGUACAGCUUGUUUAGAAGUUACAUUUCUAAGCAAUUAGACGUAUUUUGACCUGGCGGAUAAUAAAACUAGUGGGGAAAAAAGUCCAAUAGACUUGCAAUGAAGGAAGAACUCAAGCCAUAUCUAGGGACCAGAAUAUAGAGACAUGGGGGUUUUGGACUCAUUUCUAAAACCACUCAGAACACUUCAGCAACCACAUAGAAAUGUCAACCACCCACAACACCAUUAGGCAAUGGAGCAAUAUUAGCACAUAAGGUGGAGUUUUGCAAUGGCAAGUGCCACAAAAUAAAAAGAAAAAAAAAGAAAUAUAUAUAGUUUAAUAUUAUUGUGCUAUUAUUAAUAUGCUGUGCUAUAAAAUUAUGAAUCUGGAUUUACCACCUAAUAAUCACAUUCUAUCUUAUAUUUCACUGAAAUGAAGGGAAUACUACUGGAUAGCAAUUUUUAGCGAUGCACCAGCCAUGUUCACAGAUUUGGCACUCUUAUAUGUUGCGUAAGUCGGUCUUAACACCCAGUAGGUGGGUGUUCCUCAGACUUGUCAAAAUAGUGAAAUAUGUUCUCACAGAAAAUGAUUGCAAAUUGCAGCCUUUGUGAAAUGCUAAAGGUGGAAACAUGCCCUAGGUGAAUUCUUGCAGGUGGAGUACUCAGAUAUUUUGUCAGGGAUUUGGUGGCUUUCUCUAAUGUUUAAAAAUGUGCAUCCAUCUGUUGUCUUCUCAUCCACAAUUUCAGUACAUAUUCAACUCAGAAUCAGAGCUGCAGAAAUAAUGCAUAUGCAUUAAAGCCUGUCCAUGCAAUUUAAUGCAUUUUCAUAGCUGUGAUUAUUAAAAAUGAUGACUAUUGGACAUAAAUAAGAUAAUGCAACACAUUGGGCAAUGGACAGAAGGCCUGUGCAGAUUAGUUUAAUGUUUAAAAUACAGAAUAUACCAUGUAUAGUGGGGCCCGAGAUCACUAGCGAAAAUGCUUCCAUUUUGCAUUAUUCCACUGAAUACAAAUUUGCUAUUGCAAAUGAUAUCAGCAUAACAAUUUGAGUGAAAAGUUAACAUGAAAAAUGUACAUGAUUUCAGAAUUUUGUAGUAUUUAUUAUGUUCACUUUUUACUUUAAUAACAAUGUGCUUUCGAACUGACAUGGACUUCACAAGUUUGUGCAAAAUCUGAUGAUUCAUGUUGUUUCAGCAUGAUUUGGGAAUGUUCUUGUGUGCUUCAAUGGAAGCAAGGAGAUCUGACCUUUAGAACAAUGGAGUUAACAUGGUCAAUGUUACAAAUUUGUUUACAUUUGACUGCUGAGCUAGAAAUAGUGCAGAUAGUUAAAUAUUUCCACUUCAUUUUACAUAACUUUUGUUUGUUUAAAAUUUUUCAAAAUGUAAAACGUUUAUUUAAAAAAAAAAAAAAAAAAAAAAAAUAUAUAUAUAUAUAUAUAUAUAUAUAUAUAUAUAUAUAUAUUCCAAAUGUUUAAUGCGGUCUCUGACAUUUGGAGCUCACUGUACAAACCAGUCAUUUUCAUCACCUAAUUUUACUCUAGGGUGGAGUUUCACAACACACCAGGUUACCUGUGGUAAGAUCGUGGGAAACAAGUUGCAUUACAUAACUCAAAUACGGUUACGCCCCUGAUGAAUCAGCACUCGUUUUCCGUGUUUCUCAGCGCUGUGGUGUUGUUGAUGCUGGGACAUUGUGCCGCACUGAGAACUUUCUCAUUAUUCCGUGUAGCAGUCAGAUCCUAAAGUGGAAGCAAUUAUAUGCAGUCUUAGUCUUGGAUAGUCACAUAGCAACAUCAAUCCUUUAAAGGUCAAGUGUUCCCAAAUCCAUCAUUAAAUUUAACUGAAGGAUCUCAGUCCUUGCUUUAUGAUGUCUAAAAGUGAAGGUCAAUGCUUCAAAAGAUCUACAUUUACAAACGCGAUUGUUUUAUAUGCUUUUUAUGGUCAUAAGUAGAACUGCAGUUUAGGAACUUGCUGAAAGAAUCGAGCGGUUCACGCAAUAGGUUUGUGUGCGUGCUUUCCCACGUUUAACACAGGGGAUACCCCUAAUCCAGGAUUACUAAAUCCAGAUAAAUUACACUAACAUAUGACAUAAGCCUUAGUCUAGUCAAGUCAUUUUUAUUUGUAUAGCGCUUUUCACAACACACAUUGUUUCAAAGCAGCUUUACAGGAAAUCAUGCAUUAACAAAAACAAACAAAAAAUGAAACUGUAAUAUCUAUAAUGUCUUACAGUGAUCAUUGUGUAGUUUGAUUUGAAACUGUAAUGCUCUUUUGUCAGGGACCAAAUAAAUUUUGAACUUUAUUGUGUAUAUAGUUCAUAAUAAGUUAAAAUUAUUUGGGUAUACUGUUUUUUUUUUUUUUUUUUUUUAAAUAAGCGCCAUGCUCUGAUUUGUUGAGUAAUGGAGGUUUGACAAUAUUGCAAGUAGAUCAGCUACGUAGAUACAGAUUUUUUUUCAGCAGAUGAAGUAACUUGAAGCAGCUUGCUGCCAUAAAAUCAGAUCAACCAGGGUUUUGUGGGCAAAGAACAUUCUGUCUUUCCAACAGUGGCUGAAAUUAUUCAAGUGGUAAUGGAGCCUUAAUCAAGUUUUCCAUUUGCUUGCUUCAACCAACAAUUUCUAUCACUUAUCUUUUCUCUCAUGAAUCCCUCUUGUCUAAAAAAUAUUUGUACAAAAGAAUAAAAAGAGUAAAGAUAGAAAAACAAAACUUUUCUAAGAUUUUUAUUUGUGUUUGCUUUAUAUGAAUUUUAUUUGAAAUUGUUUUGCAAAAUUGUUAUAUUUCUGUAUGAAUGUAUUUUUUAUUGGAAUAAUAAGAAAUUCUUAUCGGACAAGUUUGA